AACUCUGGCCACAUUAUACAUUUUUAAUAUUCUUUUAAUUUGCGAACUAUUUUUUACUCUCGAUUUUAACCCGUUUUUAUGCAAUAUAUCUUAACAAUUUAAGCAUUAUCCAACACACAUCUACCAUGCAGUCCGUGCUCACCCGCUCGCUGAAUAUUGCCCGAAGAUCGUUAAAUGUCCGUCAGAUUGCCUCCCUUUCGGCACUGCCAGACACUCAUCAGAUGCUCCAGAAGACCUGUCGGGACUUUGCCAACUGUGAGCUGAGUGGAAAUGCUGCAAAAUUCGAUCGGGAACACCUGUAUCCGGAGAAGCAAAUACGCCAGAUGGGCGAGCUGGGCGUAAUGUCAGUGGCAAUACCCGAAGAGUUGGGUGGCACCGGUCUGGAUUAUGUGGCCUAUGCUAUUGCCAUGGAGGAGAUCUCACGCGGUUGUGCCUCCGCUGGUGUUAUCAUGUCGGUAAAUAACUCCCUGUACCUGGGACCCUUGCUAUCUUUUGGAAACGACGUACAGAAGAAAGCCUACAUUACACCCUUCACAACCGGCGAACGUGUCGGUUGCUUUGCUCUGUCGGAGCCUGGAAACGGAUCAGAUGCUGGAGCUGCCUCCACUAAUGCCACUGACAAGGGUGACCACUUUCUACUGAAUGGAACUAAAGCGUGGAUUACCAACGCCUUCGAGGCUGAGGCAGCCAUUGUGUUCGCCACCACCAACAAGCAGCUGAAGCACAAAGGCAUCUCCGCGUUCAUAGUUCCCAAGGGUACUAAAGGCUUCUCGCUGGGCAAGAAAGAGGAUAAGCUAGGCAUCCGUGGAUCUUCUACCUGUCAGCUUAUAUUCGAAGACUGCGCGGUACCCAAGGAGAACAUGCUGGGCGAGCCUGGAUUCGGAUUCAAGAUUGCCAUGCAGACUCUAGAUGCCGGACGCAUAGGAAUCGCUGGACAAGCUCUUGGCAUAGGUCAGGCGGCCCUGGAACUUGCCGUGGACUACGCCCAGAAGCGACAGGCCUUUGGAAAGCCCAUCUCCAAGCUGCAAUCAAUUCAGCAGAAGAUUGCAGACAUGUCGUUGGCCAUGGAGUCUGCCCGCCUGCUUACGUGGCGCGCUGCCUGGCUAAAGGAUAACAAGCAACCAUAUACCAAGGAGGCCGCAAUGGCUAAACUGGCUGCCUCCGAGGCUGCCACCAUGUGCUCCCACCAGUGCAUUCAAAUUCUGGGCGGAAUGGGAUACGUGACGGAUAUGGCCGCCGAAAGGCAUUACCGAGAUGCUCGCAUCACAGAGAUCUACGAGGGUACCUCCGAGAUCCAGAGGUUGGUCAUCGCUGGUUCCAUUCUCAAGGAGUAUGCUAAUUAAGAAGAGUUUUUACGUAGAAUUAAGUCAAAAGUUUAUUGAUAAAUGUAAAUCUUUUUAAACAAAAAUUAUUUUUUGAUUGUAACUAUUGUCCUGCUGUAAAAUGUGAAUGGGUAAAUAGGAAUCUUGUGUCGUAUUUUUU